CCACUAUAAAUAGGCUGGGCUAGCUUCUUUAAGUUGUGUCUAUUGUUCUUCUUUUUCAAGAAUGACGGCAAAUUUACCUAAGCUUGGCAGCUCUCUGCCAGUGCCUUGUGUUCAAGAGAUUGCCAAGAAACCACUCACCACAAUUCCGCCGCGAUACGUGCGUUCAGAUCAGGAAAAUCCUUUCAUUUCUUAUAACAAUUCUGUGCCACAAGUCCCUGUCGUCGACAUGCAAAGGUUGCUUUCUGCAGAUUGCUUGGACUCAGAGCUCCAAAAGUUACACCGAGCAUGCAAAGAAUGGGGUUUCUUCCAGUUGAUAAAUCAUACUGUGGAUAUUUCUUUGGUGGAGAAAGUGAAAUCGGAGAUUGAGAAGUUCUUCAUGUUGCCUGUAGAAGAGAAGAAGAAGAAGUAUGGGCAGCUUCCUGGAGAUAUUGAAGGAUUUGGGAAUGCUUUUGUUGUUUCUGAAGAGCAAAAGCUUGAUUGGGGAGACAUGUUUUACUUUACUACUCUUCCAAUUCAUCUGAGGAAAUCGCAUCUUUUCCCCAACCUCCCUCUCUCCUUCAGGGAAUCUUUGGAGGCAUAUUCGGCCGAAUUGAGAAAUCUAGCAAUGAAAAUUCUGAAUCUGAUGGCAAAAGCUCUAGGAAUGGAGCCUGAUGAUAUGAAAGUGUUGUUUGAAGAAGGGUGGCAAUCAAUGAGGAUGAACUACUAUCCUCCAUGUCCGCAACCAGAGGUGGCCAUAGGCCUCUGUCCUCAUUCGGAUGCCGUCGGCCUCACGAUCCUUCUCCAGAUCAACGAGAUGGAAGGCCUCCAGAUAAAGAAAGACGGGAUGUGGGUUCCUGUUAAACCUCUUCCUAAUGCUUUUGUCAUCAACAUCGGUGACAUUUUGGAGAUAGUGACCAAUGGAAUUUACCCCAGCAUUGAGCAUCGUGCAACGGUGAACUCUACAAAAGAGAGGCUCUCUAUUGCAACUUUUUACGGCCCCAAGUUGGACGGAGACAUGGGUCCUGCGCCGAGCCUUGUUACUCCGGAUACUCCAGCAGUGUUCAGAAGGAUCGGUGUUGAAGACUACUUCAAGGGAUUGUUUGCACGCAAACUUGAUGGAAAGACAUACAUUGACGUGAUGAGAAUUGAUCAUCAAGAGGAGUAAAAUAUGUCAACUGUGAGAAAUCUACUUACAUGUUUUUACGAAGCGACAAAUAAACAGGCACCAGAAAGUUUGUCAGCUUGUGUGAUGCAAUUUGUAAUGUCAUGUUCAUACUUGUCUGAUUAUGGGCGGAUAUGUCAAGGGGUGGAUAGAAACCAAUUAAGAUGGGUUUGAACACCAAUUGGUAUGAGUUUGAUAUGAGUAAAUAUAAUUCGGUUUGAAUUUAA